CUAUUACUACUACUACCACUACUACCGCCAUUAUUACACUACAUCACACUACAUCGCACUACACAUAUGCCGUCAGAGAAUGGAAGCAAGCAGACGCUUGCCGGGAGCUAUACCAUUCCAUUUGAAUUGGCUCAAGAACUCCGUCGUGAACAUAAGCAGGAGGACUCCAUCUUGUCAAAAGAGUUGCAGAAAGAUAUAGUGAGCAAUGAGUAUCAGCAAAGACGAUACCAACGAGCCGAGCAAUUGGAUUUCAGUAAGUCUCUAAGUUAUAAGGAGACUAUGGAGAGACGAGAAUUGGAGCGAGAAGAGCAACGGGUUCGAGCCCUAGUGGAGGAGAAGAAACAGCAGACUAUUGGUGCUAGUACCAGUACCAGUACCAGUACAAGAACAAGAACAAGAAAGCGUAGAUGGGAUGUAACUCCUGAAGAAUAUCAAACAGAUACAGGAGAACUACAUAUAUCUGAGUCCAAUAAGAAAGUUAAAAGUGUUAUAGGAGAACUUUUACAUAGUAAUACUAAAGUUGCUGUAGUUGGAGGUAUACCAUUAACUGAUUCUAUACUAGAUAAAAUAUUACCAUCAGGAUAUGUUAAAGUAAAUCCACCAGUGGGGUAUACUGAGAAAUAUGAAUCAAUUCCAGAUUUAACGGAAGCAUCUAUUGAUAUGUAUAUACCACCCUCAGAAACUUCCGAUUAUAAAUCAGCUAUAGCCUUAGGAAAUCAAUUACCAACAGAUAUUCCCGGAGUUAAAGGUUUACAAUUCUUUAAAGAACAAGAUAUGAAAUAUUUUGGCAAAUUAAUUCAUGUAACUGAACCCAAAUCAAAAGAAGAAAGAAAAGAAAUCAAUGUGAUGAAAUUAAUUCUUAAAGUUAAGAAUGGAUCUCAAAUUGCUCGUAAACGUUCAUUAAGACAACUUACUGAUAAUUCUCGAAAGUAUGGAGCCGAUAUUCUAUUAGGACAAAUAUUACCCCUUUUGGUAGAACCUAGUUUGGAACAAUCAGAAAGACAUAUAUUAGUUAAAUUAGUGGGAAGAAUACUUUUCCAAUUAGAUGAAUUAGUAAGACCUCAUACCAAUAAAAUAUUAAUUGUUAUAGCACCAUUAUUAAUUGAUGAAGAUUUUACUUUAAGACUUGAAGCUCGAGAAAUUAUAUCGAAUUUAACUAAAGCUGCAGGAAUGGCUAAUAUGAUAUCAAAUAUAAGACCAGAUAUUGAUCAUACUGAUGAAUUUGUUAGAAAUAUAUCUUCAAGAGUUUGUGCUAUAGUAGCUAAUACUUUAGGAUUGUCGGCAUUUUUACCAUUUUUAAAAGCCGUAAUUAAAUCCAAAAAAAAUUGGAUGGCUCGUCAUACUGGUAUAAAAAUAAUUCAACAAUUAUGUAUUAUAUUAGGUGAAGGUAAUGGAAAUUCAAUAUUACCAUAUUUAUCUCAAUUAGUUGAAAUCUUAAAACCAACCUUAAUGGAUGAAAUUUUGCUGGUCAGAAUUAUAACUGCUUUAACAUUAACUCAAUUAGCAGAAAAUGUAAAACCCUUUGGAAUUGAAUCUUUUGAAACUAUUCUUGAACCAGCUUGGAUUGGAUUAAAAAGACAUCGAGGUAAAUCCUUAGCAGCAUUUUUAAAAUGUAUUGGAUCAAUUAUACCACUUAUGCAAUAUGAUAAUACUUAUGAAGAAUAUUCUAAUUAUUAUACUAAGGAAAUUGUAAUAGUUAUGGUAAGAGAAUUUAAUUCUCCUGAUGAUGAUAUGAGAAAAACAAUUCUUAAAAUAUUAUCAAGUUUACCACUUAGUAGGAAGCUUAUCCCUAAUUAUAAUAAAGAAAUUAUUCAACCAUUCUUUAAAUCCUUUUGGAAUAGAAGAACUGCUUCUGAUAUUAAACAAAUAUCAAAAUUAGUAGUAGAUGCAACAAAUGAAUUGGCUAUUAGAUUUAAUUUCUUAGAUGUUUUACAACAUGUAGUAUAUUAUUCAAAGGAUGAUAAUGAACAAUUAAGAAGAUUAGCAGUACAAGCCAUUUAUAAAUUAACUUCAUCAAAUCCUGAUGAAUUAUUAGCUUUAGAUUCUCAUUUAGAAACUAAUCUAGUGGAUGGAAUUCUUUAUGCAUUUCAAGAACAAACCAUUCAUCAAAGAAUAUAUUUACAAGCUUUUGGAGCAGUUGCAAAAGCUCUUAAUAUUCGUUUACUGCCUCAUAUGAAUUCAAUCAUUAGUACAAUUCUUUAUAGAUUGAAGAAUGAACUGGCAGAAAUUAGACAACAAGCCGCUGAUUUAAUUACUAUUUUAGCUUCAACAAUUAAUCAAUGUUCAGAACCUGAUAAUGGUAUUAUUCCUAAAUUAAUUUUAAUCUUAUAUGAAUCAUUAGGAGAAGUUUAUCCUGAUGUAUUAGGAUCUAUAAUUAAUGCAUUAUUUGCUUGUAUUGAUACUCAAAAUAAAUCAAACUUAUAUGCCAUGCAAAAUCCUUCAGUCAAUCAAAUUUUACCUUCUUUAACUCCAAUCUUAAAGAAUAGACAAGAAAAGGUUCAAGAAGCUUCUAUUAAAUUGGUUGGAUUAAUUGCUAAUAAGAGUCCUGAAACAAUUAAUGCAAAGGAAUGGAUGCGUAUUUGUUUUGAAUUACUUGAAAUGUUAAAAUCAACUAAAAAGAGAAUUAGAGUGGCUGCAAAUGAUACAUUUGGUCAUAUUGCAAAAACUGUAGGACCUCAAGAUGUUAUAGUAAUGUUAUUAAACAAUUUAAGAGUUCAAGAACGUCAAUUAAGAGUUUGUACUGCAGUAGCAAUGGGGAUAGUUGCCGAAACUUGUUCUCCAUUUACAGUCUUACCAGCCAUUAUGAAUGAAUAUAGAAUUCCAGAAAAGAAUGUUCAGAAUGGGGUUUUAAAAGCAUUAACAUUCCUAUUUGAAUAUUUAGAUGGAGCCACUGCUAAAGAUUAUUUAUUUGCUAUUAGUCCUUUAUUAGAAGAUGCUUUAACUGAUAGAGAUUUAGUUCAUAGACAAACUGCUGCAACAGUCAUUAGACAUAUUGCUUUAAACUGUAUUGGUUUAGCCAAUGAAGAAAUCUUUAUUCAUUUUUUAAAUCUUGUUAUACCUAAUAUUUAUGAAACAUCUCCUCAUGUUAUUAUAAGAAUUCUUGAAAGUGUUGAAGCAAUUAGGUUAGCCCUUGGAAAUGGAGUAUUUACUAAUUAUAUUUGGGCAGGAUUAUUUCAUCCUGCAAAGAAAGUUAGAAAUCCAUAUUGGAAGAUAUAUAAUACUGCUUAUGUUCAUAAUGUUGAUGCAUUAGUUCCUUAUUAUCCUAAAAUAGAAACACUUCCUGAUACUCAAGAUAUUAAUUAUAAUAUAGAUGAAUUGGAUUUAUUUUUAUAGGUAAAAUAUAAUAAUAAUAAAAGAGUUAAUGUAUAUUUAUGUAAAAUAAAAGUGUUCUUAAUCUUAAUAGUGAUGUUCAGUAUUGUAAAUCAUCAUAACUCUGUUGUUGAUAUUCUUGUAUAUAUUGUUCAAAGGGUACCUCUCGUUGAAUCAUUUGCUCUAAACCCUCAUAUUGAACUACUUGAUAAUCUCCAGAUGUAUCUUGUUCAACGGCUUCAUAGUAAACAGGUUCAAUUUCUUUCAAAUAUAUUUUAGUUGUUAAUCGUGUAAUAUCACGAGCUUGUAAUUCCAUCUUUUCACCAUUGGAUGAUAAUUCAUAAAAAUCAAAUGAUUCGGAUUUAUCCAUUGGAAGUGUAUAGUUACCCUUAGGACGAUAACAUUCUACAUUUAUUGUAUCUCCUUC